AUGGAAGACAGGACAGCCGUUACAAUCCGUAGUAUUGCUGGCAGAACUCGGGAGUUUUGCCAACCGGUCUGGCAAAAUUGGUUAUGCCUGGCCUACGGCAGAACUCACGGGAAGGGAGGGUGGCAGAACGAGACUCGCAGAGAUGGUAAGAGGGUGCCUGCUAGAGGACGCCCCCUUGCAUCACUGAUCAAUGACAGUUUCAAUUUCGACAUUGCUGUCGAGACCGCACAGGAUCUUGAAGCAUCCUUCACAUGGAAACCUCCGCCCUCGACCGAGACUCGUGAUGCAGAUGACCAUCUUGCUGAGUUGAAGAGGACCGAACAAAAUGAGAGCUUUGACGAAGUUGAAGUGCUUGAGGGAAAUGCUUUUGAUUUGGGCGGGUUGAACAAGGAAUAA